GAAAGUGGUGACACAGCUGGAUGCAUGUCCAACAGCAUGGAAAGGCAUUUGACGAAAGCCAUGGGACUGUGUGAUCUUUCCACCAUGUUUGGGAAAAAGAAGAAGAGGCUGGAAAUCUCCGGCCCCUCCAACUUCGAGCACCGGGUGCACACCGGCUUCGACCACCGGGAGCAGAAGUUCACGGGGCUGCCCCAGCAGUGGCACAGCCUGCUGGCAGACACAGCCAACAGGCCCAAGCCCAUGGUGGAUCCCUCGUGCAUCACCCCCAUCCAGCUGGCUCCUAUGAAGACCAUUGUUCGGGGGAACAAGCCUCGAAAGGACACUUCCAUCAACGGGCUGCUGGAGGAGUUUGACAACAUCUCGGUGACCCGCUCCAACUCGCUGCGGAAGGAGAGCCCUCCGCGGCACCACCAGGGCAGUGCCAACCACGCGCCCCGGCCCCGCGAGGAGAAUGGCUUCAUCGUGUGCUCGCAGUACUCGAGCGAGUCGGACAGCACGGCCGAGAGCGCCGGGGAGCGGCUGCGGGACCGGGCCCCGUGCGGGGACGAGUGGGACCGCUACUGCCAGGGCAGCCUGGCCGCCAGGCACAACGGGCACCUGCUCAAGGUCACGGCCCGCGACUUCUACUACUCAGAGGUGGCCCCCCUGCAGCCGGAGCUGUCCCGGUUCCUCCCGGAUUACCAGGCUCACCUGGAGAGCAAGCCCAAGGCGCUGGAGUACGGCGGCCUGAGGCUGGAGUACCAGCGCGUGCCCAGCGGCUCCUCCCUGGACUACCGAGAUUCCUUCCCCUACGCCCCGUCCCGGGCCUCGCUGCAGAGCGAGGGCCCCAGGGACCGGCUGGACUACGGGGACCCUGACUGGGGACACGGCCUCGCCAAGGAGGACGUGGACAAGAGGCCCAAGUCCUCGUACGUGGACCCCGCGAGCCCCCAGCCGGCCAUGAGGCAGAGGUCCAGGUCGGGCUCGGGCCUGCAGGAGCCGGCCAUGCCCUACGCGGGCAGCGCCUUCAAAGCUCACCAGCAGGGACAUCCCUACAGCUCGUACACCUACCCCCGGCUGUCCGAGAGCGCAGCAGGAGUGCCCAAGGCGGACUAUGAGCGAGCGCAGCUGGUGGUCAGCCCCCCGCUCUGUGGCUCGGACACGUACCCCCGGGGCCCAGCCAAGCUACCUCAGAGCCAGGGCAAGGGCAGCUACGGCGGCGGCAGCUACCAGUACCCCGUGCUGUACCACAAGGCUCCCCACGGGCCGCAGCCCGGCUCCCCGUUCGUGUCCCCGGGCUCGUACCCCGGCUCGCCCAGCCUGGCGCCCGGCGCGUACCCCCCGCCCAGCUGGGGCUCGUGCUCGGAGCAGGCGCCCUCCAGGGUGUCCCACGAGCAGUUCCGCGCCGCCCUGCAGCUGGUGGUGAGCCCCGGGGACCCCCGCGAGUACCUGGACAGCUUCCUCAAGAUCGGCGAGGGCUCCACGGGCGUCGUGUGCAUCGCCACCGAGCGCCACUCGGGCAAGCAGGUGGCCGUCAAGAAGAUGGACCUCAGGAAGCAGCAGAGGAGGGAGCUGCUCUUCAAUGAGGUGGUGAUCAUGAGGGAUUACCACCACGAGAACGUGGUGGACAUGUACAACAGUUACCUGGUGGGCGACGAGCUCUGGGUGGUGAUGGAGUUCCUGGAGGGCGGCGCCCUGACCGACAUCGUCACUCACACCAGGAUGAACGAGGAGCAGAUCGCCACGGUGUGCGUGUCCGUGCUGCGCGCCCUGUCCUACCUGCACCACCAGGGCGUCAUCCACCGCGACAUCAAGAGCGACUCCAUCCUGCUCACCAGCGACGGCAGGAUCAAACUGUCUGACUUCGGCUUCUGUGCCCAGGUGUCAAAGGAGGUUCCCAGGAGAAAGUCCCUGGUUGGGACACCCUAUUGGAUGGCACCAGAGGUGAUAUCCCGCCUGCCCUACGGCACUGAGGUGGACAUCUGGUCCCUGGGCAUCAUGGUGAUGGAGAUGAUCGACGGGGAGCCGCCGUACUUCAACGAGCCGCCGCUGCAGGCCAUGCGCCGCAUCCGGGACAACCUCCCGCCCCGCGUCAAGGACACGCACAAGGUCUCGGCGGUGCUGCGGGGCUUCCUGGACUCCAUGCUGGUGCGGGAGCCCUCGCAGCGAGCCACGGCGCAGGAGCUGCUCCGACACCCCUUCCUGAAGCUGGCCGGGCCCCCCUCGUGCAUCGUGCCCCUCAUGAGGCAGCACAGGCACCGCUGAGGGGCUGCUGGGGAGGGGCGGCGCAGAGCCCGGCUCGUGGCUGCGGGAUCGCAGGCAGGGAGCAGGAGGAGCAGCAGAGCCUUGAGGAGGAAGGCAGCCCUGAGGAAACGCUGCCGUGUGUACAGAGAGCCCCGGGGCAGGCAGUGCUCCCUGCUCCGCUGUGCCAGGGACAGGAGCAGGCCGGGCACCACGGCUGCCAGGCAGGGCACACCCAUUGCCAGCCUGGGCGACGCAGCACCGAGCCAAACAGCUGAGCUUCACCGCGGGCUGAGGCACUUCUGGCUCAGAAGAACACUUUUCUGACAAACAAAGCACUUUUUACCUCGGCCAGAGCAGCGCAAUGUAUUUUGCAAGAAGUUUGUAAUUUUCUGUACAGUACGUUUUGAUAACUUGCAGUACUUUGUCAUGUACCUGUUGUGUUAGUUAAGUAAUAAGUGUAACUUAGAGAAUUUGAGAAGAUGAAGUUUCCUACUUUUUUAAGCCCUUUUGAAAACAGGAGAAAAAAAAGAAAAAAAAAAGAAA